ACACACACACACACACACACAGACGCUCAUAACUUAUUUUUAUAACAAAUCAGCCGCGCAUUGUCUUAGUUUUGGGUUCAUUUUGAACACGGAUACUGUUCGGUUCUCCACGCCUCAGCUCCGGGACAGAUCGAGGGCAGACGGUUCUCCUUUUUCACCAAGUUGGAAUCAAACUGACGCGCUAUGGCAUGAAGGAAAUCUCCCGUUGGCGUGACCGAAGUUAUUCGAGGGAGGAAGACUUCAACGAGUAACCACCCCGCUUCCCCUUUCCCUUAGGUGACACGGCGGGCUGGCCUGCUGAUAAACUUUUUACCUCCUACCUGUAAAACACAGCGCUGCCAUCAUGCAGACCUCGUCAUUGCGUCGGCAGAUGAAAAACAUGGUCAACAACUACACGGAGGCUGAGAUCAAGGUCCGGGAGGCUACCUCCAAUGACCACUGGGGGCCGCCCAGCUCUCUCAUGUCUGAAAUUGCAGACCUCACCUUCAAUGUUGUAGCUUUCACCGAGGUCAUGGGUAUGAUCUGGAAACGACUGAAUGACCACGGGAAGAACUGGCGCCACGUUUAUAAGGCUCUGACCCUCCUAGACUACCUGAUCAAAACAGGCUCAGAACGUGUGGUCCAGGAAUGUCGGGAGAACAUACACUCCAUUCAGACACUCAGAGACUUCCAGUACAUCGACAGGGAUGGGCGUGACCAGGGUAUCAACGUCCGGGAGAAGUCCAAGCAGCUGGUGAUUCUGCUGAGAGAUGAAGAGAAGCUGAAGAAGGAAAGGAGCCAGGCCAUAAAGACCAAAACCCGGAUGUCAGGGGUUAGCAGUAGUGUGGGCUCACGAUCCACGCCUCCUCCGUACCCGGGACGCCGGGGCUCAGCAGGAGUGCAUGGAGAUGAUGUCAGAAGGUGCAGGGAUUCGCCCUCCUCCCACCACACCUCCUCUUCCUCUUCUCGUCUCGCUCCAGAACUGGAGCAAGCUCGACCGGCGACCAGUGGAGAAGAGGAGCUGCAGCUGCAGCUGGCCUUGGUGAUAAGCCGAGAAGAAAGUGAAAAGCCUCCACCUCCUCCUCCUGUGGACAUUGAUGAACAGACCCAGCUGCAGAUCGCUAUGAGUCUCAGCAAAGAGGAGGCCCAGAAGCCAGUCCAACGUGCGCCUGUUGCUCUGGAUAUGGAUGAAGAAACCCAGCUCCAGUUGGCUCUGAACCUGAGCAAGGAGGAGCACCAGCAGGAGCAACUCAGUCGCCAAGGAGAUGAGUCAAUGCUCCUGAAAGCCUUGGAAGAGAGCAAACGCGAGAUGCAAGCUAAAGGCGGGACUUCCUUCAUGGACCUGGUAGAUGUUUUUGCAGUGCCCGCAGAAGUACCCCCUCCAGAGCAUCACUGGGGUAAUGCUUCACACCAGGCAGUAGGGGGUGUCACACAUCCGUGGGACUCAAUAGGUAGCACAAGAGAUGACGUCGCAUGGAUGGCGCCCCCACCCUCCAGGAGCCCUCCACCACCUUGGGAGCCCCCAACUGAUCCUUGGGAUGGGCCGCCAAACAAUGCCCCUGGUGCCUCGGAACACGUGUGGUCUCUGUCAAACACAGCCUUUUCGAGAGUCGAUCCAUUCUUGGAUCAAUCAGACAGGACAGCACUGCAGGGAGCUGCCAAAGAACAUUUUCCUCGAACUGGAAGUCCCUCGGAUGGGGAUUUCUUUGAUGAAGCCAUGGAUGGAGGACAGAUGAAUGUCAACGGCAGAGGAGAAGGCAGUCCGGAGCUCUUUGACCUAUCAGGUCUUGGGGAAAGCCUUGAAGAUCCCAGCCCUCGAAAAUGUCGAACACCAGAGUCCUUUUUGGGUCCGACAGCUGCGUCCCUGGUGAACCUGGACAGCUUGAUCCCACCAAAUGCCCAGGCCAAGACCACUAACCCCUUUUUAUUAGGUCCAGGUCUCGGUCCGAGCACAGCUUCAACAACAAACCCAUUCCAGACUGAGCAGCCCAAACUAACUCUGAAUCAAAUGGCCUCCACCUCGGCCACUUUGGCCCCUCUCAACACUUCCCUUCCUUACAGCGCCUCCGUGCCACUGUCCAUGAGCCACCAGCCGGCCAGUCUUCCACUGUCACUGACUCACCCCACCCAGCCGGGUCUGGACCUGCCAGUCCACCUCCCUGAACCUUUGCUGCCCUUCUCUUCAGGCAUCACUCAAGGAUCACAGACUGCACAGGAUAAUGCCAACCCUUUCUUAUGACCUAGUAAACAGGAUUCUUUUUUACCAAUUAGGUUAUGCUUAAAAAACCAAUGUUCUAUCUUUAACCACCGAUCAUAUCAUACGCCAGGGAUUUCUAUAACCCCCCGGCCCCCAUUCUUAAUAGUGUUUUAUAACAUGGUUGAUACUGGUUCAUAACCAGUAUCUUUAAUUGAUGUAAGAUGAUUCUCUUCUUCACUGGUGUUCUGUAAUGAAAUCUGUAACAGGGUAAAGGAAAACCGGAAUAAAAGCACAGUUAUAUGUA